UCGCAGGCGGUCACGAUGAAUUGUUAAACACAAAUUAUUGUACGUGGUAAACAAUAUCUUCUCGUGUUAGAAAAUAGAAACGUUAGCAGAUAGACGGGAUAUGUGUUGAUAAAGUAUGGCUCGGGGAUUUGUAGAGUUUCUUGCCAGUGCCAUUGGUACCCCAGAUGACGCCAUCCGACUUCUAUUGUCGCUUUUAGCAGGUUAUCCCUUGUCGUUUCUGUACAGAGCUUAUGUCUAUCAUCAAUCAGCCUUGAUUAAACAUGGCUUCUUUAUUGCCAUUGGUUUGGCUAUUGCCUAUUUUAACUUUGGAUUUGAUAUGUACCAUUGUUUAUUGAAUAUAGUUAUAAUCUACAUCUUACUGUUGAUUUCACCUGGAACUAAAUUAUCUGUUGGUCUGGCUUUCUUUAUUAAUACUAUGUAUUUAACUCUAGGAUAUAUCAGUCACUCCACUGAUUCGUAUGAUUUUAAAUGGACCAUGCCACACUGUGUUUUAACGUUGAGAUUAACCGGGGUGGUGUUCGAUGUAUAUGAUGGCAAAAAGAAAACUGGUAUAUCUCAAGAACAGAAGGAAACAGCUUUAAGUAGAGUUCCUUCCCUUAUAGAAAUGUUAGGUCAUUCUCUAUGUUAUGGUGGCUUUAUGAUUGGUCCUCAGUUUUCUAUGAAGAGAUAUUUGGAUUUUAUAAAUGGCAACUUCUCUAAUCCCACAACUGGUAAACCACCAGAUAGUAUAUAUGCUGGUUUAAAAAGAUUCAGUCUAGGAGUAUUAUAUAUUAUCAUUUAUCAAGUAUUAAAUUACUUUGUUUCUGAUGAUUUUAUCCUCUCAUCUAAUUUCCAGACAAUGGGACUAUUUUUACAAUGUGCCUAUGUCCUUGUUUGGGGUAAAAAUUUGUUAAAUAAAUACAUUGGUUCUUGGUUACUUGUGGAAGGAUCGAUUACAAUAUUAGGUUUAAGUUAUAAUGGUAAAGAUAAGAAUGGUAAUGAAUUAUGGGAUGGUUGUGCCAAUGUACGAACACCAGAAUUUGAAUAUGCUAACACAUUCCGUCUUUUAAUUCAUUGUUUUAAUUAUAACACCAACCAAUGGAUGGCCAAGUAUGUAUUUAAACGCUUGAAGUUUCUAGGAAAUAAAUCACUAUCACAAGGUGUUACAUUACUAUAUUUAGCUUUCUGGCAUGGUUUACAUACUGGUUAUUAUCAUUGUUUCCUUCUAGAAUUUAUGAUGACUAACUUCGAAGACGGGUUGUCAUCAGUACUAUCAUCAUUUGAAAUUGUGAAAACAUUCCAGUCGAAAGAAUCAUUUAAACCUGUUAUAUGGUUGUUUAGAAAGUUAGCUGUAACCUUAGCUAUGAGUUAUGCUUUAGUUAGUUUUGGUCUUCUUAUAACACAAAGAUGGCUACAAGUUUAUAAAUCCAUGUAUUUUAUUUUACAUUUCGUCUUCCUAUUAUGGCCUGUUGUACAUUAUAUUUUACGGAAAUAUGUUCUUCCCCGUAAAUCAUCUAAAACAGUCCCAUCUAAUAAUACAAGUAAUACUGAAAGUGUCGAGAAGAAAAACGAGUGAAGUGUUUAAUUGCUGUGUGUUUGAGUUGCGAUAUUUUAUUGAUAGAGAUCGGUUUAUUUUAUAUUUUAAAUGAUUUUGUUGUUAAACUACGAGCAUAUAUUGUAAUAAUGAA